AUGGAUUUAGUAAGACGGGGAAUCGCAUCUCAAGAAGAAUAUGAAGCUGCCAUCAGCCUGCUUCCUGAAUCAUCAUCAUCAUCAUUAAUUAUAGCGGGCAGAGCCCGCCGAAAACCCUUAUGGAUUUUUUUCACUAAAAAUCAGCGAUUUAUCCCUAACUGUUGGCUUUUUCCUCUUUUUCCAGGAUUUUACACCACUUUUCGUGUUUUCCACCUAUACAAUUGAUUUCGCCCCCACCAAGCCUUCAAAUUGCAAAAUUUCUAGAACUCCAGCAAUGUUAGCAGCUUUUUCUGCUUCUACUUCUUUUGGUACUUCUUUUGGUACUUCUUUUGGUACUUCUUUUGGUACUUCUUUUGGCGUUGCUUUUGGUGCUUCUUUUGGUGCUUCUUUUGGUGCUUCUUUGAGUGUUUCUUUUUGGUGCUUCUUUUGGUGCUUCUUUGAGUGUUUCUUUUUGGUGCUUCUUUUGGUGCAUCUUUUGGUGCUCCUUUUGGUGCUUCUUUUGGUGCUCCUUUUGGUGCUUCUUUUGGUGCUUCUUUUGGUGCUUCUUUUGGUGCAUCUUUUGGUGCUCCUUUUGGUGCUCCUUUUGGUGCUCCUUUUGGUGCUUCUUUUGGUGCUUCUUUUGGUGCUUCUUUUGGUGUUUCUUUUGGUGCUUCUUUAAGUACUUUUUUUGGUGCUUCUUUUGGUUCUUCUUUUGGUGCUUCUUUUGGUGCUUCUUUUGGUGCUUCUUUUGGUGCUUUUUUGGUGCUUCUUUUGGUGCUUUUUUGGUGCUUCUUCUGGUGUUUCUUCUGGUGCUUCUUUGGUGCUUCUUUUGGUGCUUCUUUUGGUGCUUCUUUUGGUGCUUCACUUACAAGGCUAACUUCUUUUAUCCUUUCUUUAAUUUCAUGAGGUUCUGCUCUGGACGAUUGAACGGCCAAUAUUAGCUCCCAAUUAUCCAGUACGUCUACACUCUGUUUUUCUACCCAAGCCUUGAUUUUUCCUAUCAGUUCGAGUUCUCUACCUUCUUCUGCAUCAUCUUUCUCAGUUUCAACACUUUCAUCUAGCUCAUCCUCAUCAUCUCAUUUAAGAGGUCCUCCAGCCAGUAAGAAUCCAAGAGCCUGUACAAAGUUGCCUUCACACAUUUUUAAUGCUACUCUUGCGUCUCUUUCAUCAUACCCUAGUUCCCCUAGGGUUUCAAUGUCCAUCUCCAAAAUUUCAGCCUCCUCUAUUCCCAUAAUUUCAGCUCACUCAUCCUCAAAGUAACUAGAAUCACUAAAACUAAAAUUUGAAUCGAUUUCAUCAAAGAUUUCGUCACAAGCUCACAAUCCUUGAUCGAAUUUCAAGGCAGAUUUUUUUUGUGUCCACACCCCCUAUCUUCCAUCAAUUCCUGAUAAAUCAAAAAGUUGCUUCCUGAAUCAAUUAAAAAAGCAUCUCUGAAUGUCUGCAAAGACGUAGUUUCAUUCAUCAAAAAAAUUAUCAAGGAUAAGCAUUCACCUCCAAAAUCUAAAUUAUUAGCGAUAAAAUUGUUUCAUACAUGCAUGAUGGCUGGCAACGUCCAUUUUCUCCAGUACUCUCAAAAAAAAAUAAUGAGCAGGUUAACAAUUUUGGCUGCGCAUAAGAAAAAUAAUCCUGAUGAAUCUCGAGGAGAUGAUCUGUGGGGAAGAGACAGCUUGUCAUCUGAAGAAAAUAGGAGGGCAUCAAGAGAGUUUUUAAUGAAUUUAUUGGUUUUUAUCCAAACUUGAGCAUCUCAGUAUGGAAAAACGCCUGAUGGGAAAAUGAGCGCUUAUUAUAAGGCUUAUCAGAGUUUAAGACAAGAUGGAGUUUCUUUCCCACAAAGAAAUCUGGCUGCUAGUCCUAUGCCGAGGCAAGCAGAAAACAAUGCCCCAAGACAAUCAAUGCAGAAUUAUCCAUCACAAGCAAGACAGCCGCAGAGGUCAAAUAGAAGAUUGAGCACACAAAAGAAGACUGAAAUUCAAAGCACAUUAGAAAUACUUUCAGAAAUGCUCAAAACAGAUGGAUGUGACCAAGAUUUCUUAAAUGAGAUAACAGGAUCAUUAAAAGUCCAGAAAGGUGAAAUAGAAAGAGAAAUUGCUAUUGCUAGCAAUUCGAAUGAUUCUGAGUAUUUGCAAGAACUUAUAAUUAUAAAUGAUAGGAUUCAAGCAGCUUUGGAAAAGCACUCAGAAAGCCAAAUAAUUGAAGUCCCUGAUGAUAUGGAAGAGGGAAUUUCCGUUUCAGUUCCAGCCAUUUCUAAGCCAGCUAAAGAUUCUAUGAGAGAUUCGGAAAAAUUUCAAUUCAGCUUUGACAUGCCGGCCCAACAAGAAUUUUCUGCAAUGAAUUUCGCAACCCACAACCCUAAUAGUUCUGAUUUAUUAUCCCCAGAGAAAUUUAAAUCAGAAACCAGCAUCAAACUUCCUAAAUCACAGUCAAAAGAAGAAGGUGAUAAAAGAGAAAUUCUCUUACCUGCUAAAAAAGAAGAAAAAAAAGAAAUUAUCCCACCAGCAAAAAAAGAAAUAAAAGAAGUUGCUUCUCCAAUUAAAAGAGAAAAAGAAAUAAGGGAAGUUAUUUCACCAGUUAAAAAAGAGGCAGAAAUUAAUGCAGGAUUAGUAAUAGAAAAUCAAAGCAAUGGAAAAAUAAAAGAUUUAGAAAAAAGAAAUGAGAUUUUAGUCGAAGAAAACAAAAAAUUACGUGAAAUUAAGAGUGAGUUCAAAAAGGCAAAACAGGAAAAUGAGUUUUUAAGAGAGGAAAACGAAGGCAUGAAAGAGACUAUUAAAAUGAUGCAAGAAUCAAUUGAAGAAAUCAAAGAUUUAAGAAAAUCCAAUAAAUCCCUAAAAGCUGUGGUUAAUGAAUUUGAAGAUUGAAAAAAAGAGAGAGAACAGCUGACCAGCGAAAAUAAUAGGCUAAAAGAAGAAAUCUCUGGCUUAGAAAAAGCUGUUGAAAGCACAGGAGACUUCAACGAAGAGAAGAAACAGUUAAAUCAAGCUAACAAGCGCUUAAAAGAUAUAAUAAAAGGACUUGAAGAAACAGGUAAACUAAAAGAAAGCCAGUUCAAUGGAAAAAUAAAAGAAUUAGAAAAAAUAAAGGAAUCUCUCAAUGAAGAAUUAUCCAAUUUAAAUGAAAUUCCCGUGCUACUAAAUAAUUCAAAGCAGGAAAAUGAAAAACUAAAAGUAGAAAAUAAUCAAAUGAAGGAAACUAUUAAGAUUAUGCAAGAGUCAAUAGAGGAAAUCAAAGAAUUAAGAAAAACAAAUAAAAGUUUGAGUUUGAAGAUAAGCGAGCUUGAGGAAAUAAUAAAAGCAAAGGAAAAAGUAGAAAGCGAAAAUGAGGCAUUAAGGGAAGAAAUUGAAAGACUCGAGAAAAUGGUUGAAAAUAAAGAAGAUAUAAAUGAAGAAAGAAAAGAAUUGAAACAAGUUAACAAGCAUUUAAAAGAAACUAUAAGAGAGCUUGAAGGAUCGAUUAAAUUAAAAGAAGAGCUGGCGAAAGAAUACGAUAAUUUAGCAAAUGAAAACGAAGAGUUGAAGAAAAAUCUUCAAUCUCAAAAAGAGCUUGAAAAGCGUAUCAAUAUCAUUUCAAACGAAAAUGAAAAGUUGCAAACAAGACUUCUUUCAAGCAGUGAUAAAGAAAAGCAAUUAGCAGAUUUAAUAACCCCCCCUUUAAACUCAAUCAAUAUCGAUAAAAUCUCCAUUCCCUGGGUACUUUAAUCCUUUAAUUGCAGCAGUAUUUUUGUUACAAUUUAAAGUAGGGGAGUGAGCCAGAAUAGAGCUUUAUCUAAUGAUUUUGAAAAACUGAAAAAAGAGUAUAGCGAAAUUCAAAAUCAAAAUUCUUCUUUAAUGCAAAACCUAUCAGAGCUACAACAAAGUUCAAAGGAAUUAAAAGAGGUAAGCAAAGAAAAUUCAAAGCUUAAAAGCAUAAUUAAUGACUAUGAAGGGAAAUUAAAGGAUAGAGAAGAGUUAUUUGCUGAAAAUCAAAAUCUAAAUGAAAUGCUGAGAUUGAGUGAUGUGAAAGAAAAAGAAUUUGAAAAAGUUUCAUCAGAAAAUCAAAAAUUAAAGAUGAUCCUCCAAGUCAACGAAGGAAAAAUAUCUGAGCUGGUUUUGAUCAAAAAUGAAAAUGAAAAGCUUAAGACUGCAGUCAAAAAGUAUGAAGAUCAGCUUACAAAAAUUAAUAAAAAAUAUGAUGAUAUAAAAAAUCAAAAUCAAGAAUUUCAAGAGAAAACUUUAGAGUUGAGUGAUUUGCAGAAAAAAAUCGAAGAAUUCAAGCAAAAAAAGAAAGAGUUUAAAGAAAAUCAUGAAAAGGUAGUAGAAACACUUCAAACAGAAAUAAUGGAUCUUAGGAAAAUUAAUGAAAUAAACGAUGAUAAAUUACAAAUUUUAGAUUCACUUGUUUUUGAAAACAGCAAUUUAAAGUCACAGCUUGAAGUAAAAGAUGAGCAAGCAAAGAAGGUUCCUCAAUUAGAAUUAAAAAUUCAAAAAAUAAGUAGCGAACUAGAAGAAAAAUCUAAAUCUUGGCAGAUAGAAAGAAAUGAGAGCCAAAGCUCUCUUGAAAUAGCAAUAAAAACGAUUCAAGAUAAAGACGCUUUGAUUCAAAACCUUAAAGAAGUAAAUUUAAGUCUCCAAAAAGAAGUUCAAGCAUUAAAAGCUUCACAAAGUUACGAAAAAGUGAUAAGUCAAAGGGGACUGGAGUCUCCAUCGUUGCCUGAAAUAGGGAAACUUCAAAGGCAAUUAGAUUCACCACCUAUACUUGAAAAAGAAAAAAUUCCAAAAAAAUUGGAGUCGCCAUUAUUAGCUGAAACAGGAAACGUUCAAAAACCAAUGAAGUCGCCAUCAUUAGCUGAAAUAGGGAAAAUUCAAAAGCCUUUGGAGUCUCCAUCGAUAUCUGAAAUAAAAAGUUCUCAUAAGCAAACUGAAUCAAUGCACCAAGAAAAACUUCCUAUAUCUCCAGAUGUUAGCGUUAAGCUUAAUAGCUCAAAUCCAUUUGGAUCUUCAAGCAGUUCUGAAGAGCUAGAAAUAUAUAAUUUGGAGUUGCCAAAUGAGCAAGCUGAGCCUGACUCCAUUGACAAUAAUGAGCUAUGUAGGCUAUGCAACUGCGUUGAUAGAGGUGUGCUUUAUGAUGACGAUAGAAUUCAAAUUGGCAUUAAAUUAAUCAAGCAAGAUGAUAUGAUUGCUGGUAUUAUGUAUUUCGGAAAUAAAUACACAGAAGCAAUCAGGGAUUUAAGAACCGAAGUCAUUUCAUAUCCCAAUGAGGGCUUACAUUUAACUAUUGAUAAUGAGCAAUCUGAUCCAAUUCAGCCUAAGGCCCAAUGCUUUAAGCAGAUCAAAGCAAAGAUAUCAGGCUUCACACAUAAAUCUCCUAAGCUAAUUAUCACUCUUCGGCAAGAGCAAAUAAGAAAUAUAUGUUUAAAGCUCCCUAUCACAAUUUUAAGGUUUUUUGAAGGGGUGAGUAAUUUUGGAAAUAAAGUCUGGAUCGAAUGGGAAAAUUUGAAGUUUAACCAAUGCGAAUGCAUAACACAGCUUUAUCAAAUAAGAUCCAUAUCAGAGCUGGCACAUCAUUUAUCGUUUUGUGAAGCAAUUAAGAUAUUUUCUAAUCAAGAGAUUCCUAAUCUUCAGACCGGGCAAUUAUUAGGGAGCACACAUAGAGAUGAAAAUGAAGCUUAUAUUUUAGUUUCGAUAUCUCCAGAAACUUUAAGUGUUGAUCUGAAAAUAAGAUCCUCAAGUAAACCUUUAAGGGAAACGCUACUUUCAAUUAUUAGUGCACAGAUUUCUGGAAAAGCAGGAUAG